AUGCGCUUCUCCGCCAUCGUCGCCGGCCUCAUCGCCACCGCCUGCACAACAGUCCUGGCCGCGCCCGCGUUCCUCCCCGUCGGCGUCGGCGUCCUCCCCUCGCAGCCGACCACCGCCGAGGACGUGACCAGGGACAUGACGAACCUCGACACCAGCCUCGAGAACUUCAACAAGGCCGUCCAGGACGCCACCGCCGGCGGCACCGCCACCGACGGCGCCCUGUCCGGGGCCAUCGAGUACCAGGCCAUCACCCAGACGGCCCGCCUCGACUCCCAGAACAUCCUCGGGCCCUUCACCCCCGACGACUCGGCCGCCGUCGUCGACAAGCUCAAGACGCUCUCCUCCGACCUGCAGGACACCAAGACGCUGCUCGCCAACGCAAAGGCCGCCGGCCUCCUCGACAGCUACCAGGGCACCGUCAUCGAGCUCUACCUCGAGCUGGUCUCCAGCGACACGGCCGGCUACGUAAACACCCUGCUGUCGUACAUUGACGCCACGGUCAAGGAUGCCGCUACCGCCGCCGCCGGCGCCAUCAACGAUUCCUUGGGCGGCAUUGGUGAUAUCCUAGCCUCCAAGUAA